UCUUCCAGUUGUUUCUCCCAUCCAUCUCUCGCCUCCUUCUAUAAAGUCCUCUUUCUCUCCCUAUCUGUCUCUCUCAUCCUUGCUCUCGCUCGCCUUCUACUUACUAGUGAGAGCAUUAGAAGAGAAAAGAGGAAGAAGAGUUCAAAAAAUCGAACAUGUCGAGCCGACGGAGCAGGAUAACAGAAGAUGAGAUCAAUGAGCUCAUCUCGAAGCUCCAAUCUCUUCUCCCAGAGGCCCGACGCCGCUCUGCAGGCCGGGCCUCAGCUGCGAAACUACUCAAGGAGACAUGCAACUACAUCAAAAGCUUACACCGGGAAGUGGACGACCUGAGCGACCGGCUGUCGGGACUGAUGGCCACCAUGGACACCAACAGCGCCGAGGCCGAGAUCGUGCGCAGCCUCCUCCAAUCUUGAACUUCGAAGCCUCAAUUCUCCCUUCUUCUGGAUAUAUUAGCUAGGUUUUAAUAAUUAAUCAAGUAGUUAGGACUAGGAAUUUGAAAUUCCAGCUAAUGACUUCCCUGUACAUUUUUUAUUUUGGGGCUUAGCUCGAGUUGUUCUCUCCUCCCCUCCAAACCGCCAUGUCACGGCAACCGAGCAACCUCUGUUCGCUACUUGUAUUUUAGAAAAAAAUCAGGUAGACCGCUUGACCGGCCUUCUCAAUGGCUAUCAGGAUGUUUACUGACGUAUUAAUUAUGAACCGCCUGUCUUCUCUAA